AGCGACUCCGCUUCUCAUCCUUCAAGCCCAGAGUUCUCUGCUCCAGGGACUCAGGUGACUCUGCUGCCUGUGACCCCCCCCACACCCCCAUCUCGGGUGCCUGGAGGUUCCUCGAGAGGACGCUGGGUCGCCACAGAAGACAAAAAUGAUGUCAGUGACCUUCAAGGAUGUGGCUGUGAACUUCAUGCAGGAGGAGUGGGAUUUGCUGGAUGCUUCCCAGAAGAACCUUUACAGAGAUGUGAUGCUGGAAGUCCUCAGAAACCUGGCAUCUAUAGGAAUCAAAUGUGAUGAGAAGAACAUUGAAAAUCGGAUCAAAAAUUUGGGGAGCAAUCAAAGGCAUGAAGAUUCUUGUACUGGGUGGCAACCUGAUGAAUUACUUUUUAAAUGUAACGUAUGUGGGAAAGACUUUGCUUACCAAAGUUUAUUUAGAAUACAUCAGAGAAAACAUACUAGAGAGAGAUCCUAUGAAAGUCAACAAUGUGGAAAAGCCCACACUACUUUGUCUUAUCUUCAGAUACAAGAACAAAUCCAUACGGGCGAGAAGACCAAUGAAUGCCAACAAUGUGAAAAAGUCUUCACUACUUCUUUAUCCCUUGACAGACAUGAACGAACGCAUACUGGAGAGAAGCCCUAUCAAUGUCAACAAUGUGGAAAAGCCUACAGUACUUCAUCUUACCUUCAGAUACAUGAACAAAUCCAUGCUGGAGAGAAGCCCAAUGAAUGCCAACAAUGUGGAAAAGUCUUCACUACUUCUUCUUCCCUUCACAGACAUGAAUGGACGCAUACUGGAGAGAAGCCCUAUGAAUGUGAGCAGUGUGGCAAAGCCUUCACUCAGUCCAAUCGCCUUCACUCACAUGAAAAAACUCAUACUGGGGAGAAGCCCUAUGAAUGUCAACAAUGUGGGAAAGCCUUCAGUACUUCUUCCUACCUUCACAUACAUGAGCGGACUCAUACUGGGGAGAAGCCCUAUGAAUGUAAGCAGUGUGGCAAAGCCUUCACUAACUCCUCUAUACUUCACAGACAUGAAAGAACACAUAUGAAAAAGAAACCCUAUAAAUGCCAACAAUGUGGGAAAGCCUUCACUACUUUGUCUUACCUUCAGAUACAUGAACAAAUUCAUACUGGAGAGAAAACAAAUGAAUGCCAACAAUGUGGAAAAGUCUUCACUACUUCUUCUUCCCUUCACAGACAUGAACGAACGCAUACUGGAGAGAAGUCCUAUCAAUGUCAACAAUGUGGAAAAGCCUAUACUACUUUGUCUUACCUUCAGAUACAUGAACAAUUCCAUGCUGGAGAGAAGCUCAAUGAAUUCCAACAAUGUGGAAAAGUCUUCACUACUUCUUUUUCCCUUCACCGACAUGAAUGGACGUGUACUGGAGAGAAGCCCUAUGAAUGUAAGCAGUGUGGCAAAGCUUUUGCUCUAUUGUCUAGCCUUCACUCACAUAAAAAAACUCAUACGGAAAAUAAACCCUAUGUAUGUCAACAAUGUGGAAAAGUCUUCACUACUUCUUUUAACCUUCACAGACAUGAACAAAUGCAUACUGGAGAGAAGCCCUAUGAAUGUAAGCAGUGUGGCAAAGCCUUCACUAAGUCCUCUAAACUUCACAGACAUGAACAAAUGCAUACUGGAGAGAAGCCCUAUAAAUGUGAGCAGUGUGGCAAAGCCUUUAGUAUUUCCUCUAAACUUCACAGACAUGAAAAAACUCAUACUGGGGAGAAGCCCUAUGAAUGUCAACAAUGUGGGAAAGCCUUCAGUACUUCUUCCUAUCUUCACAUACAUGAGCGGACUCAUAGUGGGGAGAAGCCCUAUGGAUGUAAGCAGUGUGGCAAAGCCUUCACUGACUCCUCUAAACUUCACAGACAUGAAAGAACACAUACUAGAGAGAAACCCUAUGAAUGUCAACAAUGUGGGAAAGUAUGCACUACUUUGUCUUACCUUCAGAUACAUGAACAAAUCCAUACUGGAGAGAAUCCCAAUAAAUGCCAACAAUGUGGAAAAGUCUUCACUACUUCUUUUUCCCUUUGUAGACAUGAACGGACUCAUAGUGGAGAAAAGCCUUAUCAAUGUCAACAAUGUGGAAAAGUCUACAGUACUGCCUCUAACCUUCACAUACAUGAACAAACCCAUUCUGGAGUGAAGCCCUAUGAGUGUAAGCAGUGUGGAAAAGCCUUUGCUAGAUCUUCUCAGCUUCACAAACAUGAACAAACUCAUACUGGAGGGAAGCCCUAUGAAUGUAAAUAGUGUGGCAAAGCCUUUGCUGAAUCUUCUCAGCUUCACAGACAUGAACGAACUCAUAGGGGAGAGAAGCCCUAUGAAUGUCAACAAUGUGGAAAAGCCUUUGCUACAUCCAGUCACCUUAAGAGUCAUGGAAGAACACAUACUGGAGAGAAGCCCUAUCAAUGUAAGCAGUGUGGCAAAGCCUUCACUCAAUCCCAUCAUCUUCACAGGCAUGAAAAAACACAUACUGGAGAGAAGACUUAUGAAUAUCAACAAUGUGGAGAACCCCUUGACACAUCCAGUGAACCUCACAUACAUGGAAGUAUUCAUGCAGAAGAGAAGCCUAAUGAAUACCAACAAUGUGGAAAAGUCUUUNNNCAGUCCUCUCAUCUUUGCUCACAUGAACGAACUCAUACUGGAGAGAAGCCCCAUGAAUGUCAACAAUGGGGAAAAGCCUUUGAUAUAUCCCAUCAGCUUCACUUACAUGAACAAACUCAUAUUGCAAAGAAAUUGUACUGAUGAAAACAAUUGGCAAAGACUUCUGUUAUUACUGUUCUUCUCAUCAGCAUGUUGGAAGUUUCCUGGAGAAAAUUCUUUAAAUGUGACAUGUGGUGGAUCAAUAUUUCUUGUCCCCUUCAAACACAUUGCUCACUACUGGGGAUUGUACUGCAGAUUUGGUCUGGUGGCCCUCUACCACUGAGACACAUCCUCAUUCUUUUUUAUAUUUUUAAUUUUGAGACAGAGACUUGCUGAGUUCCUUAGGGUUGUUCUAAAAUGCUGAGGCUAGCCUCAAACUUGUGAUCCUUCAGCCUAAGCCUCCCAACUCUCUGGGAUUAAAGGCAUACAUCACCACAUCUGGCUGAAUAACUGUUUAAAUGUGAAAAAAUAUGGCAAAUCAUUCCAUUUUCCCUGUUGUCUUCAAAGCCAUUUCCCUCACUGGAAAACAAACACUCUGAAUGGGGACGAUUUGCUACACUCUAGCAGCUUCAUGUUCCAAACUUAGUUUCCUUCCCUUUUAUGAAAAUACUCAUGGAGAGAUGCCCUGUGAAUAUGAUAAAUGUGGGAAAUCUUUUAGUUUUUGCAGUUUAUUCUGAGUACUAGAAGAUUCUUUUGGAAAGUUUCAUGCCAAAAUGAAUAAAUCCUAUGCAAGUAAGAAAAAAAUAAAUAA